CUUCUUGUCUGUGAUAUAUGGUAAGGGCUGGCCCUGGCCGGGUCCACCUGCCAGCAGAGUUUAAAGUUUCUGAGGCUCGGAGGAGCUCAGGGGCUGGGAUCAGACAGGCUGAAGGGGAAGAGGAGUGUUUCUGGUGCGUCAGGGACGCCGCUGGAGUCCUGCGGAGCCACCUGCCCUGGUACCCGCUUUAUCACCUCCCUGCAACAACAGCUCAACUUUGCGGUGGGGUAGCCGGAAGGGCAGAGACCGAGGCGGUCUGGAGCACCCCAGGCGAGGGUCGGAGGAGUCGCCGAGGCCCCGGUCCGCGAGCCGGCGCGUCCCGUGCGGGCGCCCAUGGAGCGCACUGCGCGCUCGGGUCGCCGAAGGCAGCGGGGCUGGGCGGGAGCUGCUGACCGCGCUGUGGGCUUCUAGGCCGGGGCCGCCCGGCCUCCGCCGUGUCUCCGGCCCGUGGACACCGCUCCGGGAAAGUCAUGGAAGACGGCCCGCUCCCAGAUCUCCGAGACAUCGAGCUGAAGCUGGGGCGCAAAGUCCCCGAGAGCCUGGCGCGCUCGCUCCGCGGGGAGGAGCCGGCGCCCGGGGACCCGGACGGGGAGCCCCGUGGGGGCUGCGCUCGGAGCCGCGGCUGCGCCAGCUUCCCGCUCUGCGCUUCGCCCUCCCCGCGCCGCGGCGCCGCCAGCGCCCUGGAGAGGCUGGAAGCUAAGCUGCACCUCCUGCGGCGGGAGAUGGUUAACCUCAGAGCCACCGAUGUCAGGCUCAUGCGCCAGCUGCUCGUAAUCAACGAGAGCAUUGAGUCCAUCAAGUGGAUGAUUGAGGAGAAAGCCACCAUCACCAGUCGAGGCAGCAGUCUCAGUGGCAGCCUGUGCAGCUUACUAGAGAGUCAGAACACCUCCUUACGGGGCAGCUACAACAGCCUGCAGGACGGCAGCGAUGGGCUGGACGGCAUCUCUGUGGGGAGCUACCUGGACACUUUGGCAGAUGACGUCCCGGGACAUCAGACCCCAUCCGACUUGGACCAGUUCAGUGACAGCUCCAUAAUAGAGGACUCUCAGGCACUGCACAAGCACCCCAAAUUGGAUUCUGAGUACUACGGCUUUGGCUAAUGACCCAGUUUUUUGCAUAGGACUGUUGUGCAAUAAACUUGUAUCUAUCCUUCUUCUCAGCUGCUAUAUUUUUGGUGUUUUUUUUAAAAUAAGAAAACCUUUUUGAAGAAGCUUAUUUUUAAACUGCUUAAUGGUCUUUCUUUUGCUCCUAAUAUUUCUCAUCUAGAUUGAUUUAUUUUUCUCUGUUACAUCUCUAUUUAUAUUUAUUACAAUAAUUUUUCUCCCUUUUACUGUAGCACAAAGUAGGGGGAAAAGAAUAAGCAAUAAGUGUGUUUUUGCUUUUGUUUUCAGAGCAAGGGGUCAGGGAUUAUAAGAAAUACUUUGCUAAAUUUUACAAUAAACCAAAGUCUGAUAACUGUUAAGUUUAUUGCUGGUGUUCUUAAAUAACUCAAGAUUUUAGUUCCAAAAUAUAACAAAAUGUAUUUUUAUUUGUAUAUUAGGUUGAAUAGAAUGCUUAGAACAAAAUUAGCAUAAUUUCUCGGCCACAACAUCCUAGUGUAUAAUGAAAGCUACUGUUAGUCAUAUGCUUCUAUGUGACCAUUAUUUGAAAGCCCCCAACUAUCUGCACUUUGCUCAACUGUAGAUUAGCACUAUGUCAUUACCAAGUUUAACUGAAACCUUGGACUUAUUUAUGUGAUAAUAUAUAUUAUUCUACCAAAUUUCAAAGAAUAAUUGAGAUUAGUUGUAAAGGUGAUUAGAGGAAAAGAUGUCCUAACCUUAGAUAUAUUUUGAGAUGUUGUUGGCAUUUCCUUGUAUGAAUUUGCCAUUCUGAUAGGGUAUAAAUGCAUAGAUGCAUACGUGCAGAUGGAAGGAGAGAUUGAUUGAUAUAUAGAUAAUAGAUAUAAUAGAGAAGCAGAAUCAUUAUUAAUUUGUGAAGUUCAGUAUGAUAUUUUUUCACCAUGGUAUAAACAAAUAAUCUUUCAGUUUUCUGAAAUGAUGCCUAGAAAUAUUAUAACUCAUGUGGUGAAUGAAAAUAUUUAGUUUUGAUGUGACACUAUUAAUCCUCUACAUUUAUCUUGAUGAUUCCUAGUGAGAUGAUUUAAUUAAGAUUUCAACCUCUUCUUUGUAAUGAUGUAUGUUUUUGCACCACUUUCCAACAUGAGUCAAAAAGCCUUCUUAUAAUUGAAAAAUGUUCAUAUUCAAAAAUGUUUUCUCCCAAAUUUCUUGCUAUUAUAUACUCAUUGCACACUUGUCAAAUUUAUUGUUUACCUCCAAGACAUAUAUCAUUCAAUUUGCAAUUAAAGUUUUUCAGGGCCUAUGUUAUA